GAAGAUGCCAAGCCGGAGGUUUGCUGAUGGUGAGAUGGUGAUGGGCCGUUGGCCCGGAAGUGUCCUGUACUAUGAAGUACAAGUGACUAGUUACGAUGAUGUUUCUCAUCUUUAUACUGUUAAAUACAAAGAUGGGACUGAACUUGCGUUGAAAGAAAGUGAUAUAAGGUCACAAUCAUCAUUCAAGCACAGGAAGAGCCAGUCCUCUUCAAGUUCUCCCUCCAGAAGAAGUACUAGCAGAUCUCGAUCUAGAUCUCCUGGUCGGCCAGCAAAAGGCAGACGUCGUUCUUCUUCCCAAAGCAGAGAACAUAAAGAUGACAAGAAGAAAACUGUUCAGGAAACCAGCUUAGCUCUACAGGUAUUAAAACCGAGUGAGAAUAACACCAGAAGGUACAAUGGUGAACCUGACAGUACGGAAAAAAAUGACACAUCCUGCAUAAUCUUGGAGCAAAAGUUGAAACCAGACCUGGAAAUAGAGCGUGUGCUUGAACAGUACAGCUUACGUCCAAGAAAAGAAGAAAAGAAAAAAGAAGAAAUAUAUUCAGAGAAAAAGAUUUUUGAGACAAUAAAAACAAUUGAGAAAGCAUCAUCAAAAACAAAGGAGCUAGAGUUUGGUGGAAGAAUUGGGACCUUCACGCUGAUAUUUUUCCUGCCUGCUACUGUAUUCUACUUGCUGUUGAUGUGCAAACAAGAUGACCCCAGUCUUAUGAACUUCCCUCCUCCUCUCCCAGCACUUGAAAGUCUUUGGGAGGCUCGGGUGUUUGGUGUUUUUCUUCUGUGGUUUUUCCUUCAGGCUCUGUUUUACUUACUGCCGAUCGGAAAGGUUGUAGAAGGCCUGCCUCUUUCAAAUGGAAGGAAACUGCAGUACCGGAUAAAUGGGUUUUAUGCUUUUAUUUUGACUGCUGCAGCUAUUGGAAUUUUAUUAUACUUUCAAUUUGAACUUCGUUAUUUGUAUGAUCACUUCAUGCAGUUUGCAGUGUCAGCUGCAGUUUUUUCUAUGGGAUUGAGCAUUUAUCUGUAUAUUCGGUCCCUGAAAGCACCUGAGGAAGAACUAGCACCAGGUGGAAAUUCUGGGUAUUUUGUGUAUGAUUUUUUUACUGGCCAUGAAUUAAACCCUCGCAUUGGCAGUUUUGAUCUCAAAUACUUCUGUGAGUUGCGUCCAGGAUUAAUUGGCUGGGUUGUUAUAAACUUGGCAAUGCUCUUGGCUGAGAUGAAGAUACAGAAUCAAAGUGUGCCAUCUCUGGCAAUGAUACUUGUGAACAGCUUUCAGCUUCUUUAUGUGGUGGAUGCUCUUUGGAAUGAGGAAGCUAUUUUGACUACGAUGGAUAUUACCCAUGAUGGAUUUGGAUUCAUGCUAGCAUUUGGAGAUCUGGUGUGGGUUCCAUUUGUCUACAGUCUGCAGGCCUUCUAUUUAGUUGGUCAUCCUACUGCAAUUUCUUGGCCUGUUGCUGCUGCAAUUACUAUUCUGAACUGUAUUGGGUAUUACAUAUUCCGUAGUGCAAAUUCUCAGAAAAAUAAUUUCCGAAGGAAUCCAGCAGAUCCCGAAUUGGCCUACCUGAAAUUUAUACCCACUGCAACUGGAAAAGGGCUUCUUGUCACGGGUUGGUGGGGUUUUGUUCGUCACCCUAAUUAUCUCGGUGACAUCAUCAUGGCUCUAGCAUGGUCCCUACCCUGUGGUUUUAAUCACAUUUUGCCAUAUUUCUACGUGAUAUAUUUCAUCUGCCUUCUUGUUCAUAGAGAAGCUCGUGAUGAACAUCUUUGUAAGCAAAAAUAUGGCUUGGCAUGGGAGAGGUAUUGUCAGCGUGUACCAUACCGCAUAUUUCCUUACAUCUACUAGAGCACUCCAGAUGCCUGAUUUGCAAAUUACUUCUAAAGUUAGUUUCUUUGCAACUAAAAAUAUACCUCUUA